UGGAAUCGUUGAUAUAGCUUCCUUUUGUUAUCAUCCCCGGGCCUAGCAGAACCGAAAGCUCUCCUCCCGCCGUUGCAGCUAUCCAAGCGAGCACCUCCAACUCUCUUCUCCUCCAGCCCACCGGUCCGCUCUUCACCGCUCAGAGCCAUGCCUCUGUUUGCCUCUCUGUUCUCCCGUCGACGUUCUCGCCAGACGCGAGAGAAGGAAGCAGCGUCAGCGUCGGCAGGCAAUGAUGCUGCUGAGGCGUCUGCAGGGCAGAAGAACGGGACUAACCAUAAAGCUCCCCGGGUCGAGCUCGAUUUUCCGCACAUCAAUCCAUCGUCGGCAACGAGCCAGCCCGCGGCCGAGAACGAGCCCCGUACGCCAGCUCGAGGCGAUGACGACAAAUCCGUGAACCCAGCUUCGGUAGAGCUGCCCGUGUCGCCACAGAAUGAGCAGCCAGGGUCCCCAGGGAUAAUGGUAUCCAAGAAGCAGUCGUUGAUGUCAGUACGGAGUGACGGGCAGCAGCCACAACCACAAUUCUUCAAGGAGGGGAAGAGACGGGCUCGCCGAAUGUCUGUCUUCUCGUCUCUCAGAUCUAGACCGUCGACCGCAAUGUCGACCGCGACAGAACCAGCUCCAGAGCUCCAGAUGUCGCCUGUCACCUCGCAUGUCAACCGGCCCUACUUCCCUCCAGACCCAAGGUUCCAGCUUGACUUGAAGCCAGAUGUCUUUGGCAAGGCCUUCACCGGAUCUAGCCUCCCUUUUGUUGAGGAGAUGUUUGGUAACAAUGGUGGUGAAAAUAAUAACUCUGCUGGAUCGCCUAGUCAACAGAAGAGUGACACUUCUACCACCGCCGCCACCACUACCACAUCCUCCCUAGAUCCAGGAAAUAAUGUUUCACGAGGAUGGUUGUUACCAGAUUUACAAUCAGUUAUGGAUGGAGAUACCCUGAACACAAACCAUACAAAUGCUACAUUGAACCAGUCCAGUUGUUCCGCAGACAAUGAUGGAACAGCAAACCAGGCCACCCCCCAUGCCAACUCUGAGAAGAUAGAAAAGACCUCCUCAGAGAGUCUGCCAUCCCCUUCCUCAUUACCCCCACUACCUGCUUCGCCAGAACCAGGUUCACCCAAAUCCUCUAGCCGGAACUCUCUAAAGAGGCUGCUUAGCAAAAGGAUAUCCCUAGAGACACAGCAGGGUAGUACUCCAGCUGACACCGACUCUGCUGCUCCAAAUGGUGUGACCGCGUAGUAGCAUUGGAUAAAAGAUAAAGAGACUGUAUUAAGGCAUCGUUAUUCUGAUUUUAUCUUAUCUUUUUAGGCGUCCUUGGGUAUUAGCAAGAUCCAGAGCACAAUAAAUUGAUACACCCUUGUCUUUUUUUGGUAUUUUUUUUUCUCUUCCUUGACAUGUUAUGUUGCCAGAAAAGAAUGCUAUUUAUAGGCCAGACGUAUGCAGAGGGAUGUCGAAAUAUGCAGGUGAAGCAUACGAAAAGCCAUGCAGGUACGGAGUACAGCUCCCUUUCUUUGAUAAGCUACAUAUGUCUGGAUAUAUCCUCGCUUACUUAAUGAGUAAUGCAUAAAUUACACAUGUCUGGUGCAACUUGUCGUAUCCAAUACUGCCCCCUUUUGCUGAAUUGAAGGAUACCUGUCACAAGAAGCCGGCAACCAGUAGUCAAACACUUGACUGGACGGGACAGCUAGGCUGACAAGAUCCUGGCAUUUCCAGGCUCAGCUGCCGUCCCUCUCCCCUUUUGCAGUGGUACCGUCAACUACAGUUGAUAAUCCCUUCUGUGGCUUCCGACUAUGUCUAUAUGGUCAAGACUAGAGCUCUUAGCCCUCAGGAGAAGGUACCUAGUAGCAUACUCUGGAAGUCAAAGGAAACGCAUCAGCUGAAAGCUACGUUGCCAAGUCAUCAAGCCGUAACAGCUCAGCCAUGAGGUCACAAAGUAGUAGCGUCUCCUUUGUUUAUUCCGUCUAACCAGGAAUAUGUUCAUCCACAAAAGCUGGAAGGCAAAAGAAAUACCUUGGACGGGGGAUGUUGUGGAAGGUAUAUGCUUAUGUAAGUCAUGAGUUGACUUUCGGUUUUCGGUAAUACAAAGUUCCGGUAAACUGGGGCUGAGCCCGUGCGCAGGGAUCCACCUGAUGAACCUCAACCUCAAAGUUGACUCCUUGCCCUACUUACGCGUACACGAGAAUGAUUGUUACAGGUUAUUCGAACUGUGCUAGGGGAGCCAUUAUACCAAGAUACGCAUUGUUGGAGCAGUUAUGGCCGUUGAUAAUGAA